CACAAAUUUUGGCGGGAUUUCACUUGAAUGAGGUUGAUUUCAUUUUUUCAUUCAUUUAAAAAAUUAGUUUAAUUUCGAUUGUAAUUGCCGUUUCCGUUAUAACUUAUAGUAAUUAUAAUAAAUAUGGAAACAUUCCAGCCUAGAAUGAGAUUACGCUCUGCGGUAACACCUGAGGAAAGAGAAGCAAAUAAUAAGAAAAUACCUAAAGUUUCCAAGGAUACCCUACCUUAUAUUGAAUUUAUUGGAAAAAUUGUGUACGAGACUGAUUUGAUAGGGUGUGCUAUGGCUUGUGAUGAAUUAUUGAAAGUUGCGAAACAAAGUGAAGAAAUAUUAGUUAUUGGAUUUGAUAUGGAAUGGCCUUUCAGCUUCAAAACAGGGCCUGGAAAAACUGCAUUAAUACAAAUUUCACCAAAUUUAGACAUAACAUAUCUCUUACAUGUAAGUGAAAUGAAAAAUUUACCAGCAGGUUUAUGUGAGCUUUUGGCUCAUCCAAAAAUUCGGUUGACAGGUAACAAUAUUAAAAAUGACAUAAGAAAGCUUGCCAGAGACUUUAAAGUUACAGAUGUGGAGAAAAUAAUUGAGAAUUGUAUAGACUGUGGAGUAUUUGCUAAUGACGUACUAUCAUUCUCUAGGAGAUGGAGCCUUGCAGCAUUAGUUGAAUAUUUAUUGAAUAUGAGAAUCAGUAAAGACAAAAAAGUAAGAAUGAGUAAAUGGGGUGUCAUACCUUUGAGCAAAGAGCAGAUGAUUUAUGCUGCAACAGAUACUUAUGCAUCUUUAAAGGUAUACCUUGAAAUCAAGAAGUUGAAAAAUGAUCCAUCCUUGAUAGAAAAAUUACCACAGAUCGUUUAGAUUUAAUUUUGAACAAAUUCUCAUCCAAAACUUAUAUUGAAUUUUACAUGGUUUAUUGACCCCUGCUGUACCUAAUUCAAUAAAAAUCAUAAAAUUAAA